AUGCAACUCUACCCAUCUUGGUUAACGGUCCUGUUUCUUUUAUUGGCCCUCAUUGGGUUUCUGAGUAACAUCUUGGUGAUCGUCACCAUCUUCAAGUCCAGAUUCCUCCACGAUGUCACUCAUUACCUGAUCCUGAAUCUGGCCGUCUCCGACGGUCUCUGCUGCUUGAUGUUUGGCCUGGAGAUGUUCAUGGAUUUACUCAAUUACCCCAACAACCACACCGGCCAAAUCGCUCAAGUAAUCUACUGCCGACUUAUCCAAGGUAACUACCUAUUCCAGUCGUUUGCUUACAUCUCGGCUUAUAAUCUUGUCAUAAUUUCUCUGGAGAGAUACGUAGGCAUCGUCAAACCACUACGGUACGUGCAAAUCUGCAGCAAAGCUAACAUUGGGUCGGCUAUAUUUCUGUCGUGGGUUUUAGGAUUUUGUGUUUACACAAUUCAUAUUAUUGCCGUGCAGUAUUUAGAAUCUGAAACAGAAUUCAGUGACAGAUGUCAACUAAUUCACCCCUGGCAGUGGCACUUUGUGCCAUUUACUGUUGGAUUCGUAGCUCCUCUUGUCAUUAUGAUUUGGGCUUAUACUCGUAUUAUUAAAGCCCUGAAGCAGAGCGCCCUCAACCAAGUUGUUUCGGCACAAGCGGCGGAAUCCCGCGAAGCGACAAAGCGCGUGGUCAAUUUGAUGUUGAUCGUGACAAUAACGUAUGCAGUCCUCUACAUACCAACCCAGCCGGCGUAUAUCUUCCUUACUACUACUUCCGAGGAAAAUUUUGAACGGACCACACUGGGAGUUAUUCUAACCGGCGUCUUAACCAAGUUACCCGUCCUGCUUAAUUCUGUUGCCAAUCCCUUCAUCUACGCGUUCAAAUAUAAGAAGUUCCGAAAGGGAAUGCGUGAUCUCAUGUGCCGAUGUGCUAAAUCCACAAUUUCACCGAAGGAUAACGUCGUGCAAAUUGACACAGCAACGUGA